AGAACUAAGUAUUACGAUUAUUCCUGAUUUUUUCGAAAAAAUAAUACAAAUGAAAUUAGUAUUAGUAAUAUUUUCCAUUUCUUUGGUCAGCGAAAGUACCAUUUCGAUAAAUUUAAAAUAUCAGAAGAGCGUUAGAAAUCCUUACAAUAUAGCUAACCAUAAACAAGGUUUUCCUAUUUGUGGAAAUUGUACAAACAUAAAAAACGUGCAUAUAAAUACAGGAUUUACAUGCCACUUUGAAGAUGAAAGACAGGUUGAGAAUAAGUUUGGAGAGAGAGAUGAUGAAUAUGCGCAUUGUGUACCGAAGGAUUACAUUAUUAAUGGUGAAGUCAAGAACUAUUGCUGCUUUUGGUCGCCAAAUUGGGGAUGUUCAGCUCUCAUCGGAAGGCAUUUGUUCGAUAAAAGCUCCGAUUAUUGCGAUACUUGCAGAGGAUCUUGUUCCGAAUUAAAAUAUACUGACGACGAAAAAUCAGGCGGAAGCAAUAAGGUAGCGGAAUAUGGGUACAUAAUGCCACUGCUUUUUUGCGAACUGUGGAUUUGGUGAGGUGGAUCACUGAGCUCU